AUGUUUCAGUGUUCCUCCUACUUCUAUAGUGUCACGUUGAAGUUAUCAAGCCACCCCUUUUGGAUUAGCAAAGAAAAGCUCCAACGGUUUGCAUCCUAUGCUUUACCCCCAUUUCAAUUUUAUUGGACCAUUCUGGUUGCACUAACUUUUCCUUGCUCCAUGCACUGUUCGACAUACAAGGUGGGGGUCAUUGGGCCCUGGGCAUGUGACCCUAUUUUUGCCAAAGCUCUUCCAGAUGUUGCUGCUAAAUUGGCUGUUGAUCAAAUCAACAAGGAUUCUUCCCUAAGUCUCGGCAACCACUUAGAUUACGUGAUAUUAAAUGAAGACUGUCAAACCUCCAAAGCAUUAGUUACUUUUGUUAAGUAUUCAUAUAUGGCAUCUGGAUUCAUUGGCCCAGUGAAUCCAGGCUACUGUGAUGCAGCGUCCCUUCUGGGGAAAAACUGGAAUAGAAUUAUAUUUUCAUGGGCUUGUGUUAAUUACGAAUUGGAUGAUGCCAUAAAUUACCCAACGUUUGUGCGAACCCUGCCAUCUCCAGCACAAGUUCUCUUCAAGGUGAUGAAAUACUUCAGGUGGGCACAUGUGGCCAUCGUCUCAUCAGCUGAAGACAUUUGGGUGGAUACAGCUGUGAACCUGGCUAGUGCUCUCAGGAAACAAGGCUUGCCUGUGCGAAUUGUAUUGCCAGUGGCCAAAGAACCGGCAACUAUCAGAAAAGCUCUGGAGAAAAUUAAAUCUCUAGACAAACUUCGCAUGAUUGUCAUGUGCAUGCAUUCAGUUCUCAUUGGAGGCAGGGUUCAGAAACAGAUUUUGGAAACUGCCCACGACAUGCAGAUGACCGAUGGCAGUUAUAUCUUUGUACCAUACGAUACUCUUCUAUACAGCCUCCCAUAUGAACGGACUCCCUACCCAGUGCUGGUGAACAACUCCAAGCUGCAGAAGGCUUAUGACUCAGUGCUGACCAUCACGAUGGAUUCUACAAGAAUGUCAUUUCAUCAGGCAUUUCAGGAACGUGUGCAAAAGCAGGAAAUUGCAACUCACUUGAACCCUGAACAGGUGUCACCUUUGUUUGGAACAAUCUACAAUGCAAUCUAUUUUCUUGCCAAAGCUAUGCACAACAAUAAAAAGCAUGGAGCCUGGAUCUCUGGCAGCAACAUAGCAAAGUUUUCCAAAAACAUCAGGUUUGAAGGCUUUAACCAAAAAAUCUGGACCAAUGAAAAUGGAGAAAGCUUUGCUGAUUAUGUAAUCCUGGACACCGAUGGUGAAGGAAAUAAACUGCACCGAACUUACCUUGUAGAUAUGGAAACGGAUAUACUGCGGUUAACCGGGAAAGUAAUUCACUUUCCCAAUGGAGUUCUGCCAAAAACAGAUGCGGCAUGCUGGUUCACCCACGGGAAAAUCUGUACAGCAGGUAUUGAUCCUUUCUUUGCUGUCACGGUGCCACUGUUGAUUAUGUUUGCCUUGCUCUUUGGUGCAGGUCUUGUUUGUUUAAUAAGGCGGCGAAUAAUUCAAAUAAAAUUAAUGAAAGGACCUGAUAAGAUUCUGCUGACACUUGAUGACGUGACGUUUAUAAAUCCACAGUUCAGCAAAAAGAAAAUCAGCACUGAGGACAGUCAACUUAGCGAAGGAGCACAAAGUUGUUAUGAGUCAAGGAGCAGAAAAUCUCCCAUACGAUCUUACUCAAUCAGAAGCCUGACACCUGCCACCUAUGAAAACUCAAGUGUUGCAGUUUAUGAGGGUGACUGGGUUUGGCUGAAAAAGUUCCCUUGCGAAGAAUUUGGUGAUAUAAAACCAAGCACAAAAGCUGUGUUUGAAAUGAUGAAAGACUUACGACAUGAAAACAUAAACCUUUUCCUUGGCUUCUUCCAUGACUGUGGGCUGCUUGCUAUCGUGACCGAGUUUGGCACUCGUGGGAGCCUGCUUGACCUACUGAGAAACGAAGAUGUCAAAUUGGACUGGAUGUUCAAAUCGUCACUCCUGCUGGAUCUGAUCAAGGGAAUGAGGUACUUGCACCAUCGAGAUUACAUACAUGGAAACUUAAAGUCACGCAACUGUGUAGUGGAUGGCCGCUUUGUGCUCAAAGUGACAGACUAUGGCUAUGUUGAGGUGGCAAUAGCCCAGAACAUUUCAUUGAUGGAGCCUCCAGCAGAAGAAUAUUUUUGGACUGCUCCUGAGAUAUUACGAAAGCCCAACCCUUUAAUGAACGGCACCUUUAAAGGUGAUAUUUAUAGCUUCUCUAUAAUAAUGCAGGAGGUGGUUGUACGAGGUCCACCAUAUUGCAUGUUUGAAAUGUCUGCAGAGGAAAUUAUCCAGAAUAUAAAAAAGCCCCCUCCUUUGCUCAGGCCCAUCAUUACCUCGGACCAGGCUCCCAUGGAAUGCAUUCAGCUAAUGAAACAGUGUUGGAAUGAAUUACUGGAAAAAAGACCAUCCUUUGAUGAAAUCUUUGAUAUCUUCAAAAAUAUUAACAAAGGUAGAAAGACCAACAUCAUUGACUCCAUGCUGAGAAUGCUUGAACAGUAUUCCAGUAAUUUAGAAGAUCUGAUAAGAGAACGAACGGAGGAAUUAGAGAUAGAGAAGCAGAAGACAGAGAAACUUCUGACCCAGAUGUUACCCCCGUCAGUUUCGGAGUCCCUGAAGACUGGUUGUACUGUUGAGCCCGAGUACUUUGACCAGGUGACCCUCUAUUUCAGCGACAUCGUAGGUUUUACUACAAUAUCAGCGAUGAGUGAGCCCAUUGAAGUGGUCGACCUAUUAAAUGACCUCUAUACACUUUUUGAUGCAGUGUUAGAAAAUCACGACGUCUACAAGGUGGAAACAAUUGGGGAUGCUUACAUGGUUGUCUCUGGCCUUCCAAAGCGGAACGGGAACAGACACGCGGCUGAGAUUGCAAAUAUGUCUCUGGAUAUCCUGAGCUCAGUGGGCACCUUUAAAAUGAGGCAUAUGCCAGACGUGCCAGUCAGAAUAAGGAUAGGGCUGCACUCAGGACCAUCAGUGGCCGGAGUUGUGGGUCUGACUAUGCCACGUUAUUGUCUUUUCGGAGAUACUGUCACUACAGCCUCUCGUAUGGAAUCUACAGGGCAAGCCUAUCGCAUACAUGUCAAUCACACAACUGUUAAAAUUCUUAUAAGCCUGGACGAGGGUUAUAAUGUGGAGCCAAGAGACAAGGCGGAACUGAAGGGUACAGACUUUGAUGAGACCUAUUGGCUGGUGGGGAAAGUUGGUUUUACUAAGCCUUUGCCAAAGCCUCCAGAACUGAAGCCCGGGCAAAGUACUCACGGUUUGCAGAUGGAAGAAAUGGCAAGAUACAAAAAAAUGAAAGCAUUAAAACUUCAAAAGGAGACUGCCCAGUUGUGAAAAAGAUAAACACACCGACAUAGAGCAGCACAGCUCUCAAAGAACAGAGAAAGCUUCACAGAUGGCAACCCUAAUCCUCAUCCUCUUACUAUGAGCCCAUCAGCUGAUUAAAAAGGACAUUGGAGAAGGUUAUUUUUAAUUGUGUUAGGGUCAUUGCUGUGGAUAAACCAUUAAGGACUGGACCAUUAAAAGUAAUCUUGGAGGAAAGUUAAAAACACAUUUCCAUAAUGCAAUAACCAUAAA